CACCUCCUUCUCCUGCUAUAUAGUUGUUGAGUUGCAACUGAUAAUGAACCAGUUCUGUGGGGAGAAUUUUACUUCUUCUGGCUCCCAAGGCAACCUGUUACAACAACAAAUAAAAGGUUUUUAUACAAUGAGGAGACCUCUGGGGAGUUGGUGGACAGCCAUUUUCUUUGCCUUACUCAUUAGUGAUCUCUCCUUGGUCAAGGCCAAAGGUACAAGGCAGAGGAACAAGUCAAAUAGAAAAAGCCUGCAAACCAAUCGGGCUAACCCAACCACAGCCCAGCCACCCAAGAGACUUCAGGGGGCUUUCAUCAGGCAAGGCAGAAAGCUUUCCAUUGACUUUGGGGAGGAGGGCAAUAGCUACUAUGAGGCCCAUUACCAACUGUUCCCUGACGAAAUCCAUUAUGUCGGGUGUGCUGAGUCCAAUGUAACAAAGGCUAUCUUCAUCAGCAACUGUGUGAAUGCCACCCACACAGCCAACAAGCUGGAGCCUCUAGAGGAAAAAGACGCAACUGAUAUUCACUUGAGGGUGAUGGAGCAAUUAAUAAUGGAAUUAUGUGCCCUCAAGCAUUGUGAAUUUGGGACAGAGACAGGAGCUGGCCUUAAGGUCUCUUUAGACCAAUCUGUUAUGAUCUACCUGGUGAUUCUGGCUUGCUUUAUAGUGAAAUAAGCAAGCUCAAAGCCUGACAAGGAAAGAUAAUAAGCAAGGCAGCCACAAAGACCAAGUUAUCCUGGACCCCCUUCCUGCUCUCACAAACCUAUCCCUCCCUUAAAAAAACAAAACAAAACAAAAACAAAACAACCAAAAAAAACAAAAACAAAAACAAAAAAUAAAAAACUACCAAAAUAGUAGUGAGUGUUGGCAUGUCAUAGGCAAUAUUCAUUCCAUCCUUAACAUAUUCCAUCCUCUCCACUCUAAUGUCCUUCAGGAUGCUUUCCUACUACAGAGGUGAUUCUGGGUCCUCAAAGGCUAGGCCAGCAGAAUCCAAGAUCCGUCAGGUUUUACCAAGAUGAAAAGAAUUCAAGCAUUGACUCAGUAACAGGUUGUGUCCAUAUCCAAGGACCAGCCUGGCUUAGUCUAAAGAGUCUCAUUGCCAGAAGGCUGGCCACCACAUGAUAACUCCUUUUGGUCACAGAAACUAUUGAAGGCUGCCAGCAUGGUCUCGAGGUGCUGCAGUCUGCCUCAGAAGGAGAUUCAAUAAAAGCGUAGGUCUAUUGUAAUAUCAAAUAUACGCCUAACUCCAAAAUGAUGGCUUGGGAGCCCUUUUAGAGAGACUUUGUUCUAUCUGCCCUGGACCAAUCCCAUUUACCACUGGAGAAGGAUGUUCGUGAGAAUGACUGGGAAGAAACCGCAGUGCUUUUAAAGAGACACUAAUAAGUACUACUUUUAUUUAAUCUGGAAUAAGAUCAUAGACAGUGCCAUAGUUUAAAAAUGUCAGUACCACAAGAGACUACCCCACGGACUCUUAGUGGUUCACAAACCACAUAUUGAGGAAAUCCAAAAUAUCAAUUGUGCUUUAAAGUAAGUCUAUUAUAAAGAGCAUGCAUAGGUACACAGCCAUGGUUAUUUUUCUGGUAUGAUUUGCCCACUGUUUGCAGUGUUCUUACCAGGGACAAACCGGAGAAGCACUUAACGGUGGUGGCAGCUCACUCUUCCAUACCCCUCACUCUUUCUCAUGUUUUUAUAGCAUCUAGAGUGACAUCUGACUAAGAGGAUAUGAGGACAGGUAGCCACACAAAAAGACAAUCUCCAGUCUCCUGUAUGCUUGGUGCACUGACGAAAGUGAUUGUGUUCACUAUUAACAGCCUAAUCACACAGUUCAUCACCAGAAACAGAUUGCAUAGUCACUACAUUCUGCGUCCAAUGCUUCUGUCUAAUCCAAGGGUGCAGCUGACCGCUAAGUCUGAUGGCAAAAGAGCCUCCGUGCACCGACAGCCACUAGCAGACAGCAUCUAAGUUCUCUUGACUCAUUUUGGUGCUCCAAUUUAUCAUUAUAUUUCUGACAAAGAAAUGAGCAUUCAUGGUCUGUGGCUGGGAUUUCGAGUUCUGGAUGUCUCAGUCUAGUGCUCACCACUGGGAGAACUGGUCUUUGGAGAAGAAAUAAUGACUUUUAAAAAAAUUAUCUCUAAGUGGUUGUGACAGUGAAUAGUUUCAAGAACCCUUGUACAGUAUAUUUUCUGAACUUGCUGCCUACUCUCAUUCUAAAAACAGUAGCUUAGAAACCAGACCUUAGAAGGGCAACAGAUUUAACUUGCAUAUCAUGCAUUUUAUGGCAGAAGAUAGUUAUUUCUUCAACUUUGGGCCAGUUGUUUACAAUGGUUUCUCCACAUGUUCUAUGUACUUCACAUUCUAUGAAGAUUAGAUUCCAAUAAAGAU